AUGCCUCCCCGAUCCCAGCUUGAAAUCAACACUGCUUCUGUUCUUCGCUUGGUGAAGGAAGAAGCUUCCUAUCACCGCGAGGCGGUGCAGCAAGCAGAGCGAAUUAAGAAACUUGAAAACGAAAAGAGUGAAGACGAGAACCGUGAAUACCUGCUGCAGCAAGAGCGGCGGGCUUUGGAGGAGACCGAGAAGGUCUUCCCAUCUCUGAAGAAGAAGCUUCAUGAUAUUGUGGCACAGCUUGAAUCGCUCAUUGCCGAGGAGGCUGCCAAGGGCUCUGAGAGCAACGUCGCUGAGAUCACUGCCGCAAAGGAGGCCAUCGCGCAGGCCAAGACGGCGGAGCGCGAAGUUUCUUAA